AUGGAGUACUUGCGGGGAUUCAAUAAAUACAAGUUUUUUCACUUCUCUUCAACAAACCCAUUGGAAGCGAGCACGAUCAUUACGACCGGUAUUGAAACGUUUAAUAAAGCGAUGGGAGUAUCGUUUUUCAAGCGCAGGCACAGCUUCAUAAACUUUUUCUUUAUCUUCGGGAUUACCACGUUGGUGCUGUAUCUUAUAAGUGUGUUGAUAUCCUCGUACCAGUCGCGACAUGAUAUGACCAAGUUAAUUUUCUGUAUUGCCACCUUAGGAUUUGGCUGUCAGGCUAUGAUGAAAAUAUACAGCUUUAUCAUAACACGUCAGCGUGUGGUUGACCUGUACGAGAACAAUCUCCACUACUACCAAGAUAUGAUGAAGCAGAGCGACCGUGUUAAACUCGUUCUGUGCGAAAAUGCCAGCCUUAUCAACAUAGUCAUCCGAGGAACGGUUGUGAUUUACUUUAUGCUAGUCGCCACGACAGUAAUGAUACCGGGGUUAUCUUCGGCAUUUCUAGCGGAUCGAAUUUUGCCCUUCGGAUUCGUGUUGCCUUUUACUAACGCGGACACACUAGCUGGAUAUCUUUUGAACUACAAUUUGCAUGUUCUGAUGUCCGUCUACUAUUGGAUUAUUACAGUCGGAUCCGACAUCACCACUAUCUACAACCUUCUAACCGCCUACGGGCAACUGGAUGUGCUAAUGAUAAUCAUCGAGGAGCUCAAUGAGCAGCUGGAUCGAGGUGAGUCUCCAGAGGUGAUUCGAAGCAAAAUAAUCGAGAUCAUUCAGCAACAUCAACACCAUCGAGCGUAUAUGCAACAGUUAGUCGAUUUUUUGAACCCUUAUCACUUUGUAACGCUUGGUUCGACCGUUCCGACGAUGGUUAUAUCUGUGCUCGGAUUUGUGUUGUUGGAUUGGUAUCCAGGCGCCGUGAUUGUGUUCCUUGGAUCAGUUCAAAUAUUUUAUAUUUGCUUUUUGGGCACUAGUCUGGAAAUAAAGACUGAUGCCCUAACGCUGAAGGUCGGUGCAAUCAAUUGGAAUAAGCUUACCGUUCGAGAUAUGAAGUACCUGAAUCUGGUGCUAGUCAUGACACAAACGCCCAAAGUUUUAGCAGUAGCCAUGCUGCCAUUGAACAUAACCGCAUUCUUAAAGAUCCAUAAGUUUAUUUACUCCAUGAUAAUGAUGUUAGAAAGCACCAAAGAUUGA